UGAGCGCGAGGCGCAGGUGAACGAGCUCUCUCUCCCUCUUUUAAACCUGUAAACAAAGAGACAGAGAAACAACAUGGAAGCGACGCCCGGGCUUCAGUUUCACAGAAACCGGCUCCCUGCGUGUCUCUCCGUCUGGGGCGAGAUCAGUGUUUGAUCCCAACAGCCUGAUACACAGAGCAUCGCCAGACACUCCGCGAAGGGCUUACACAUGUAAUAAGACAGCCAGUCGAUCCAGAGAGCAGAGGCAAACCGGACCCGUGGACGUCUUCGGCCAUGGCGAGCCAGGAUGCCUCCAACCGGUCACACGCGACUUUUGACCUCUUCAUUCAAGCCCCGAGCUGUGAGGAGGUGAUGCAGCACUUCGCAGACCUCUGCAGGCAGCUGGACAUCGACCCAAAGGACUUCAGGAACUUCUACACCCAGCUGAAGGAGAAGCUGAACUACUGGAAGGCCAAAGCCUUGUGGAGCAAGCUGGACAAGCGAGCUUCUCAUGCAGAUUACCAGCAGGGAAAAGCAUGCACCAAAAACAAGUGUCUGGUGCUGGGUGCUGGUCCAUGCGGACUGAGAGUGGCCAUCGAGCUGGCUCUGCUGGGCGCCCAGGUGGUGGUGUUGGAGAAGAGAGAGUCCUUCUCCAGGAAUAAUGUCCUCCAUCUCUGGCCCUACACCAUCUGCGACCUCCGCGGACUCGGCGCCAAAAAGUUUUACGGCAAAUUCUGCUCCGGCUCUCUGGAUCACAUCAGCAUUCGUCAGCUGCAGCUGAUCCUCCUGAAAGUGUCUCUUCUCCUCGGUGUGGAGGUGAACACCGGCGUGGAGUUUCAGGGCCUGAUCGAGCCCUCGGGAGAGAACGGCUGGAUGGCCAAACUGCAGCCGCGCUCUCACCCUGCCUCAGCGUUUCAAUUCGACGUCUUCAUCUCUGCUGGUGGAGGCAGGUUUGUCCCUGAUGGUUUCAAACACAAGGAGCUGAGAGGAAAGCUGGCUAUCGGCAUCACGGCCAAUUUCGUCAAUGGAAAUACAGCCGCCGAGGCUCAAGUGGCAGAGAUCAGCGGCGUGGCCCGAAUCUAUAACCAGAAGUUUUUUCAAGAGCUGCUGACCGAGACGGGUAUUGAUUUGGAGAAUAUUGUCUACUACAAAGACGACACCCACUACUUUGUCAUGACUGCCAAAAAGAAGAGCUUGCUGAAGAAGGGGGUCAUUAAACAGGACUACAGCGAUGCAGAGCAGCUGCUGGCUCCUGAGAACGUGGACCACGAGGCUUUGUGUCACUAUGCCCACGACGCAGCCCACUUCUCCACCGGCGGGAAACUGUCAGACCUGGAGUUCGCUCAGAAUCACGCCAACCAGCCCGACGUGGCCAUGUUCGACUUCACCUGCAUGCACCGAGCUGAGAAUGCCUCGCUGGUCAGGGAGAGGAGGGGCAGGAAGCUGCUGAUGGGUCUGGUUGGAGACUGCCUGGUGGAGCCGUUCUGGCCUCUGGGCACGGGCAUCGCCCGUGGCUUCAUGGCUGCUUUCGACACAGCGUGGAUGGUGCGGAGCUGGGGAAUGGGGGUCCCUCAUUUCAAAGUUCUGGCUGAGCGAGAAAGCAUCUACCAGCUCCUGUCUCAGACCACGCCGGAAAACACCAGCAAGAACUACGCUGCGUACAGCAUCAACCCCAAAACACGAUACCAGAGCGUCAACCUGUCCUCCAUCCAGCCGCACCAGGUGCAGAACCUUUAUGACGGUGAUAAAUCUCAUCCAUCGACCAGGAAACUCAAGGACAAAGGGUCUCACACACACCAAGAUUCAGUGAGUGGUUUUGAGGAGCUGUUGAAAUGGUGCCAGAAACACACCUCAGGUUAUGAGGAUGUGAAUAUCAAAGACUUCACUCAGUCGUGGAGGUCCGGACUGGCUCUGUGUGCCCUGAUCCACCACUUCAGACCCAAGCUCAUUGACAUGGCCUCCCUGGACAAGUCAAACAUUGUUCACAACAACCAGCUGGCCUUCAGCGUGCUGGAGAAGGAGCUGGGCAUCCCACCGGUCAUGUCUCCGUCCGACCUGGCCAACAGCGAACACAUCGACAGGCUGUCUAUGGUGCUCUACCUCACGCAGGUCCGAAGCGCUUUCAGUGUGCCAACAAAAGAACCUGAAGCCUUCCGGCCGUCGUCCAAGCCCCUGACUCUCUCCCAGACACAGGCUGCCGUCUUCUUCCUGAACACACUGAAGCACAACUCUCUGCAAAGACGCAAGGAGAAACUGCAAUCUGAGAAGAGAACAGCAACGUUAAGAAGGAUGGGAGAUGACGACAGUUCACUAGCGCCUCCAGUAUCCCCUGAACUCGCACCCGAUAUGGCUCCCGAGCCUGAGCCCUGCACCUCUGUGCCGAUGACCAACAGCGAGGAGUGUUACUUCUGCGGCCAGAGAGUGUACGUGCUGGAGCGCAUCAGCGCUGAGGGCAAGUUCUUCCACCGAAGCUGCUUCAAUUGCCAUCGAUGUGGCAUUACGCUCCGGCUGGGAGGAUACACGUUUGACCAGAAUACAGGGAAAUUCUACUGUGAGCUGCACUCUGAAGAACUGGAGCGGGCUGAAACGUCUUGUAAGGACAGCAAAAAUGAAAAUGAAGCAGAUGGGCUUUCCAGUGAUGAUUACACCCUCUCUCCCUCGGAUGAAGAGUUUGAACACGCUCCAGACCGUGAUCCCACUUCGCACACACCUAAAGUGGAGGAUCAGCUUGUGCCUAAACCCAAAGAAGAUCCCGAAAAAACACAAAUGCCCAAAACUCCCAAAGACCUUCCAUUUAAAUCUGAGGUGGCAGCACCUCCCGAAGAGGAAAUCCUCCCAGUCCCGAAGCCACGCAACUCCCGGCAGACGUCUCCCAGCCCUCAGCCCUCUCCGCCAGUAGCAAAGCCUCGCACACUGCACCUUUCUAAUCCCUCCAAUCCAGACAAGCCCCCGCCUUCAUCCCCCGCGAGCAACGCCUCCAACGCAGGGCCAGACUCCCGGCCCAAACAGUCACUGCGAAAGCUUAAGCUCACAGACGAGGAGAGGGACCAGCUGGUGAACCUCCAGAGCUUCAGCGCCGACUCGGACUCGGAGACCCACGGCGGUUCCUCCUCCUGCUCCUCUUCUUCGGCCAACGCAGGAGGUCCUGCUAAACCGGAGGGCCUGGACGGCCCUGAGGAGGAGGGCUACUGGAGCGGCAGCACCGCCGGUCACUUCCGGGAAAAGAGGAACCGCCGCUGCUUCAAGAGGAAAGAGAUGCCAAGCGGGCAGACCAGGGUUCGCUCCAAAUUUUCCCCCUGGAACCUGUCGUCCCCGAGAAUCACCACCCGGCUCAGUGUCCUCGUGACUCAGCCGGGGAGAGCCGAAACGACAUUCAGACAUGCUCACAGUGCUUCAGAGGAGGGCGCUGAGGGAGACGACGACGACGACGACGAAGAUGACGAUGACAUGUUUGAACAAUAUGAAACUGACCCGUUUGAUAUGAAAAAUGUGCCUUCUGACCCGGUGGAGGCUGAGAAGCUGGAGCUGAUGAAGAUGAAGACACUGGAGCGGCGAGCCAAGAUGAGCGAACUUCAACGAUUCCGCCAAGCUCAGUCGAUCCAGAGAAGACUGGAGGAGAUCGAGGUGACCUUCAAAGACCUGGAGGACAAAGGUGUGGCGCUGGAGCAAACUUUGCGAGGAGAAGCAGGCAGCAGCGGCGCCGAUAUGAUCGAGCAGUGGAUCCAGCUCGUGCACGAGAAGAACGCGCUGGUCUCUGAGGAAUCGGACCUCAUGGUGGCGUCUCGACAGCUGGAACUGGAGGACAAGCAGAGCGCCUUGGAGCUGGAGCUCAGGAAAUACAUGGAGCUGAGCGACAAGACGUCGGAGCAGCAGGUGGAGGAGGAGCGGGUCCUCCAGCAGAUGCUGGAGGUGGUGGACAUGAGGGACUCCCUGGUGUCGUUCCUGGAGGAGAAGAGGCUGAAGGAGAUGAGCGAGGAGCAGGAGGCUUUCUCCAUCAUGGAGGCCAAGCGCCACUCCAAGGCUGAAUCUCAGGUUCACUGGGCGUGAGGCUUCCGCCAGACCCGGGCCCUGCUUUUGUUUUUUUUUUUUUUUUGCGUGCACCGCUGUGUGACACCCGCUGGGUUCAGGAACCUGAAAAUUUUCACCAAAGCCAAAGACGUGACUCAGAAGGUGACGCACCUCGGGCGGCGGUUCUCUCGACGGACGGGAUUAAGCCGAAGCGCCUGAGCCUGGAGGCUGAAUGAAACAUCAGUUGCAGUCGUCCCCCUAGAGGGAGACAUAAGCCUGGAGAUGGGAGUCGUAAAGCUGCCGCAGCUCUCGACUCUGCAGCUAAGCCCUUCCUGCCAUCACACCGGGGUCACGGCAACAGUCCACAUAUGGAAAAACCGUCUUUAUCGUCUGCUGCGCCAUCGAACCACCAACAGACGAUCGUUACCCAGCCGGGGACUCGGCCUGGCUUAGUGUCAAAAACGUGACUCCAUUGCAAAGCCGACACGAGCAGCGUUAAAGUCGCAGCAGUGAGAAUCCUGCCACAUCUGACUCUGCAGCCUUAGAAGUAGAAAACGCAGGACGAACUUAUGUUUUUUUGAUAAUUAGAGGUAGAGAUCUUCAUUAGUUUAUUCAUGUCAUCAUGAUGAAAUGAGACUGUCUACAUAAAAUACAUAUCUGAAGUCUAUCUUUAAUAUUUGUACACUGAUGAAAUAUAUGAAUAUAUACCGUCACCCUCUUAAACUAAUAGCUAAAGUCAUUUUCUUCAAGGUCUUUCUUUUUUCUUUUUUUUUUUUUUUUUUUUUACCAAAUAUAAAGUAUUUGAUUUUUAAAAAUAAAUGAGAUUUAGGAUUAAUAAAACCUCCUCCUAAUGUAAAAAAGACCAAUAGCUCAAUACUUUUGGCCAUUUUAAAUGUAAAAAAAGCCAGAAAUGUUCCACAUUUCCAAUAGUAGAGUAAGUUACUGCAUAGAUGAAGUAGAAUCACUGCAGUCAUUACAUUAAGUUUCUACUAUUUCAUCACAUUAUUGGCUUUUUUCCAUUGACAAUGGCUCACAGUAUAACACUAUUGUCCUUUAUUACAUGAUUAGUUGGGUUAAACUGAUGUUUAACCCAAGGCGGACUUGACUUGGCCAUUAGUUUAGGAUGAUGGUGAUAUAUUGAGGUUAAUAAGAGGGAUUUGAAAUAUUGUGCAAUUGAAACGCUCUGUUAUUUUUUUUUGUUUUCAUAUUUGAAUGUUGAAGACUUUACGAGCACUUCUGCUGUCCACCUUCCUGAUCGCAUGUCGAAUAGUUAAUCUCAGGGGUUUGAUUGUUCAGUCCUCUCGGGUCAGCGUUCGCUGAUGGCCUUCGACAUUCGGCUGCUGUGUGACAUGGACACAGGAGGGUUCUCCGGGGUGAGUUUAUUCAAAAAUAGGAGGAAAACAAAACCCACAUGUGGUCCAGGUUCAUCUAUUUAUAAAUGCCAUCAUCUGUCAUUGGCAGGUGUUCCUGUUCAUGUGCUGGAUCAAUAGCCAAACUCUACAAAGCCCAGUUUGUCGUUAGUGAAAAAAGAGCCUUAUACAGUCAUUGUACUGCUGCCAUUUGGUGCCACCUGGACAGCACUUCACAGUAUAUCAAAUAAAGAUCAUGCACUUUGA